AGACCUGAAGCUGGACAAUGUUCUGUUAGACAAGGACGGCCACAUCAAGAUCGCUGACUUCGGGAUGUGCAAAGAGAACAUGUUCGGGGAUGACAAGACAAGCACCUUCUGCGGGACCCCCGACUAUAUUGCACCGGAGAUCCUCCUGGGACAGAAAUACAACGUGUCUGUAGACUGGUGGUCCUUCGGCGUCCUCUUAUAUGAAAUGUUGAUCGGCCAGUCUCCGUUCCACGGCCAGGACGAAGAGGAGCUCUUCCAGUCGAUCCGCAUGGACAACCCCUUCUACCCACGCUGGCUCGACACAAACGCGAGAGACCUUUUAGUGAAG